ACGACAACUCCCGGGGAAUAUGCCUGCUCAUCCCCCCCAAUGGAGUUCCCUCACCCAGGGCUACCGCUCCCUGAACUAUGUGACGGCAUUCUGUCCCUAGCGCCGCUGGACGGAGACGAUGCCUUUUCAUACCCCACCACCCCCGACCCCAUCUUCACCCUGCCGUCGGAGCUCCCUGAGAACCAUUCCGCCCCUGCGAUCGCUCCCAAUGCCCUCCUCUCCCCGGAGAACGACUCUACUAGUACCCGUCCAGUUCGGCAGCAUCAGCGACUCUCCAGAGAUUCGGUGAGAAUCCUCAAGUCAUGGCUCAACCAGCACCGGGACCACCCAUACCCCACGGCCCCCGAGAAGGAGGAGUUGGAGCAGCAGACGGGCCUGAGUCGCAGGCAGCUGUCCAACUGGUUCAACAACGCUCGACGCCGCAAGAGGUCCAGCGGGGAUGUAUCUCUGCUGUCACCCAUGGAGCGCUGGAGGAGCUCACCCCCCGAGAACGAGCCCGCGGCAGCCGACGACAUCCUCCGGGCCCUCGCCAACACCGACACGCCCUCCUUCCACGCCACGCCGCACUACGCAUGGUCCAGCAAUGACUCCAGCGGCUCGUUCGUCCUCGGCCCAGCCUCCAUGAGCAGUCGCGAGCACAGCCAGUCGUCGAGCUCCGAGAUCUCCGUCGCCCUGUCGCAUUCGAACCACCCCCCACAGCGUCCUCCCACCCCCCUUCAUCGCCCACCACCCCACCGUCGCCGUCGCAAACAUUUCCGACACGCGAACCGCCUCCAGCAAACCCGACGCCCUUACCAGUGCACCUUCUGCGCCGACACCUUUGCCACGAAGUACGACUGGCAGCGACACGAAAAGGCGCUGCAUCUCCCGGUAGACCGGUGGCACUGCGCACCACAAGGCGGUUAUAUCGACGGCGAAGGCGACGGCGACGGCAUCCGCACAUGCGCCUUCUGCCAAAUCCCCAACCCAGACGACGACCACCUCGAAAAGGCCCACGACUACAGCACCUGCCGCGACAAACCCCCCGAGCAACGCGUCUUCACCCGUAAAGACCACCUCCGGCAGCACCUAAAACUCACGCACCAGGUCGACGGACAUCUUUCCGGGAUGGACGCGUGGCGCACGACACGCGAUCGGAUCGUCUCUCGGUGCGGGUUCUGCGAUACCAGCUUUCAGACAUGGUCGGAGAGAGUCGAGCACGUCGCGGAUCACUUCAAGCAGGGCGCUGAUAUGAUCCAGUGGAGUGGCGACUGGGGGUUCGAGCCGGAGGUGCAGCGACUCGUGGAGAAUGCCAUGCCGCCGUAUCUGGUGGGGAAUGAGUGGCAUACGCCGGAUCCGUGGAAGAUGUCGGAUGUGUUGGGGACACCGGCGGAAGGGGACGCGGAGAUGCCCUUUUCUUGGGAUGUUCCGACCGCGCUGGAUCGGUAUGUCAACGUUCAUCGCGUGGUGUUGACGUAUAUCCAAGAGCAGAUGGCGGAGGGGAUACGCCCGUCGGACCUGAUGAUUCAGCAUCAAGCGCGGAUGUUUGCGUAUGGCAGUGAUGAUCGGUUUGAUCAGACUUAUGCGGAUGAUCCUAUGUGGCUAGAGGCGGUUAAGGUUGAGGCUGGGUUGAUCAGCUGGGUAUAGUUGGAUCGAAUGUACAGACCGUAUCAUUCAUCCAUCCAUCCAUCCAUCCAUCGCCCAUUGCAGAGGUCUGGACACUUUUUGCUUUGUUGACAAAUCGACCUUGGUUUCCGUCCCGUUGGUUGCCGUAGAUCGUAAGCGGUCC